AACUGUCUUGUAAACUAUUGAAGUAAUUACAUUAUAAUAAACGUGACAAUUUGAAUAUUGCUUCUAUUUUUAUGCAAUGGCGCAAGCUGAAAGUGCUAAAACACUGAAGAUUGAAUUGACUAAAGAAGAUAAAGUUCUUAUUAAGGAAUGUUAUAAAGAAUCACUUUAUUAUCGAAGUCUUCCUUUGGUGACAAUUAAUUCUGUUGGUACUUAUGCAUUGCAUAAGAGAGGACUUAUUAAACGGCCCUUUUUAACUUAUUCAUUUGGAGCCAUUAUAGGAAUUUUUGUUGGAGUGGCAUCUUAUGGUCCAGCAUGUAGAAAAAAGUUUGCAGCUAAAGUUCCUACUUCUGACUUCAGUCGAUUGUACACUGGUAAAAUCAGUCCUCAAGAUCUAGUAGAAGAACAACGUCAAUCUAGAAGAGUACACCAAGAUAGACAAGAUGAAGAACCAGUAUCAUAUUUAAAAGAAUUAGGACAUGGAGAAGCCCAAUUAACAAAUGAAGAAAUUGUUGAAGGCGGGAAUAAAAAAAUUACUUAUGAAGAAACAAAAAACCGUGCCCAGUUGCAGCCUCAACAACCACCACCUAGAUAUCAGUCACAGGAUGACCAGUGGAAUAAUGAAGAUGGACCAAGAUCACCUCAAACACCAAAGAGCUUUAUAGAUAAAAGAGAUGCUAAAAGAAACAAAUAUGGUGAUGUUAUGGAUUAAGAUUCAUUAUAAUUGAACAUUUGUGAAAGAAGAUCCCCACUACUAACUAUGGGCUAUCAACAUGUCCUAAUAUUGGAGACGAAAGUUUGUACGGUUUGAAUUUUGAUUCAGGAAUGAGCCAGUUGUGAAAAACAUGAUGUAUGUUAAUUCUAUGAAUGAAAAUAGUUGUGUAUUUAAAUAGAUCAACUAUUAGAAGAAUGUAAUGUGUAUGAGAUUUUAAAUUAAAGUAUUUGUAUUG